UCGCGCACCAACGCUGUCCUCGUUAACCUCUCCCUUCUCACAGCGGACCUCUAUGCCCUGUUGAUUGGAAUCUACCUCUUUGGCAAUGUCUUCCACCCGCUCUACAUUGGGGCCUUUGUGGCCAUCUCGUUGGGCUUGUGUCUGUUUGCCUCGCGCGAUCCCAUCUUCAAGGAGGAUACGAACGCCAAAGACGAUGCCAGCGCCUAG